AUGUCCCCAACUACCUGGCUCGUUACCGGCGCGAACCGCGGCAUCGGUCUCGAGAUCGUGAGGCAGCUCGUUGCAGUCCCGUCCAACGUUGUCGUCGCCGCGUGCCGCAACCCCGACAAGGCGGCGGCACUCGCGGAGCUGAAGAGCAGCGCGAAAGGCAAGCUGCAUCUCGUGCAGCUCGACGUCUCCGACUUUGCAAACGUCCGUGCGCUUCCUGCGAAGCUCGAACCCAUCCUCGGGUUCACCGGGCUCGACUACCUCAUCAGCAACGCUGGGAUCGCGAUCAUCGACUCCGCGUUCACGCUCGACCCGGACGCGUUCCUAAAGACCGUGAGCACGAACGCCGCGGGCCCCGCGCUCCUCUCGCAGGUGCUGCUGCCGCUGCUCGAGAAGGCCCCGACGAAGAAGAUCCUGCACGUGUCGAGCACGUCGGGCAGCAUCGGGAGCGUCGCGGGCAUGGCGAACCGCACGCAUCAGCUCGUUGCGUCGUAUGCGAUGAGCAAGGCCGCGCUGAACAUGCUUGCGUAUAAGCAGAAGGUGGAGAAGCCGGACUUCACGGUCAUCACGCUGUGCCCCGGAUGGGUCCAGACAGAUAUGGGUGGGGAGAACGCGGUGUUGAAGCCCGAGGAGAGCGUCGCGGGGAUCAUCAAGGUGAUCACGAACGCGACGACGGCGGACAGCGGGAAGUACCUGCGUCAGACGGGAGAGGAGAUCCCGUGGUAG